AUGAUUUUCAGCCUUCUUACUUGCCUUUCUCUCACUCGUGUCAUUGCUGCCCUCCCGUGGCUGUGCCCGGCAGAAGGACUCUGCUUGGAAAAUCGUGGGGUUGAGCAUUUGUUCACCUCAUAUCCGGGUCAUAGGAUUGACAACGCCGUACCGACAAGCCAAAUGGAAAUUCAAAACUUACUCGCGAGAGACAAUGCAGUCUGGCUUCAACGGGGAGAGGACCCUCCAAAUCCGGGUCAAUCAGCGUUUUAUACUGGAAUGACGGGGGAACCCAAUAUCGAAGUCUAUGCAUUCCAUUAUAAUACUGUUCAAGAUCUCGACACCGACAUCGGCUACGUUGGCUUACGCAACUGGGGGCGCAAUACGCGCCGUUUCGAAGUUGGCACAGUCAUAAAUGGCAACUUUCAACCCGUUCAGAGCACCUCAAGUAUUCCAGGCCGUGGUGGUAUGCAGAUUGUUGAAUUUAAUUGGACACCAAACAUGGUCUAUCAACUUCGUUUCUAUGAGUGA